AUGAAGCGGCAUCACCAAUCAAGGUCCGAGGAGUCAUACCCCCGCCCCUUCAGUCGGCUUCUCCUUUUGCUUUUGGCAUCAUCAACCCUCACAUCGGCGCAAAAGACGACAGCUGGACCCGCGGCCACAGUAUCACUUUACAAGCAGACCGACUACUCGACAGCGCGCUCCUGUGCCGUAGGCUGCCUUGUCUACAAUGGCAUCUACCACUGCGGCGUGCACGCGGGCUACCAGGACCUGGGAAUCGGGCUGGGCUGCGGCUGCGGCCCGGUCAAUGGCUGCUACUGCAACACCAAGGUCGCGGCCGAGGCGAGUUCUUACGUGAGCUCGUGCGUCAGCUCCAGGUGCGCGGCCAACGUCGCCGACUGGAAGACCGAGGUCGGCAGCAUGAUGAACAUGUACGGGACGUACUGCGCCACGGCGAACGUGGAGCCCACGGCCAACGCAGCAAACGCGCCAAACCCGGCGGGGGUCACGGGCAAGGCCGCAUCGGGGACUUCGCAAACCAGCGCGGGCGGGGGAAGCAGGACAGGGGCUGGGCUUCCCGUCGAGACGGGUGAUUCGGGCGGGGGACAGCAGCAGCAGGGUAGCGGUGGUGGAGACUCGGCGAGUAAAGGCGGCCUGAGCCAGUCAGACGUCAUCGCUCUGGCGGCCAGUUUGGGCGUCGGGGUGCCUAGUUUGAUGAUUGCGGCCGCAACCCUGUGGCUGCAGAUGAAGAAGAAGAAAAGCAAAGCCCAGGCUGCGGAGACGGCUGCAAAACCCCCCUCUGUGCAGGGUGGGACGUCCCCUUAG